AAUUUUAAAUAUUAUAAGUAUACAUAUGCUUUCUAUCUUAUUUCUAUUUCGAAAGCAUUUCCAGGCCGUAUUUGGCAAAGCGAUAUGCUUCGGCUUUGAUCGCUAUUGGUACUUCGUGUAUCAUUGGCAUAGUAGAAGAAGGAUGGCACAUGAAAGACCGUGAUUCCGCAUCCUUUUCUAUCUUUCCUCUCCGCAGUGCGUCCGCGUAAACAAUGCGAUGAUAUUUGUACAUAUAUGGACAUGUAUCAUAUCGAAACUGAGAUUUUAUUUCUCAACGUUGGUAAACCUGAAGUCAGAGUUUUGGAGUAUCACCGCAUAGAUCUCUAAAUCAAUUCGGAGUUGCCCGUCAUUCCUAUUCUUAUGGAGAUACCUCUAUCGGAGAUAAAUUUCUUUUCACCCAUAUUAUAGCCAAAAUGCUGCGAGAUAAGCUAUAUAACUAUGAUAUUUAUAAUCAGAAUAUUUGCCUGACGAAAGCUACAGAACGAUUUUUGUAAGAAAAUGUGUAAAAAUAAAUAAUUCAUUUAUGCGUAAAUAGAUUUGCACUAUAGGGCAAUAAAGUGUAAAUAUUUUCAUCUAUUGUAAAUUUUUUUUUAAGAGCCAAAUUGCAAAACCGGCUCUGUAGCAAGAGUCAUAAUUUUAUAAAAAAUACGUAGAAAAAGAUUCAUGGCAGAAUAUUGCUUCUACGAGAUAAUAUAUGGGUGUACUCAAAUAUAUAGCUGCACUCAAAUAUAUAUCUGUAAAUAAGGAGUAGGUAGUUUUAUUUUAAUUAUUUAAAAGCUAAAUUGCAAAAUUGGCUCUAUAGGUAGCUUUGUAAUUGUAAAAGAAAUUAUCUUAACAAAGUUUUAUGACGAAACAUUUCUAUAAGACAAAAUAUAAUUGAGUACAGAUACAUAUCUGCACUGUAAAUAAGGAGUAGAUCAUUUUAGAUCAAGUUGAAGUUAGCCCAUCCUUCUAUCGACCCAACACGUUUUUGCACGAAAUAAAAAAAUGUAUUAAAAUAUAUAUAAAGUUUAAUAAAUUUUCUGUCAAAUAAUAAGUGAUUGAAGACAUUUAAGUGAACUUAAUCUGAAUGUAUCCUUUGAAAAGGAAAAAUAAUUAAAUACAAUCAUCAGGACAAUUAAAAAAUUAAAAAAUAAAAUAAUGAAUACGACUUGUAUAAUGCGUAAGUUGAUUCGAGUAUGCAAACGUUUUGUACACACUAAAACGAAAUGUUACGAAAGACCAGAAUGGAUAAAGCCAAUAGGACAUCAGACAGAAGUAUUUAUAUAUAAUCCAAUAACGAAAUGCAAGGUGCCACUGAUCCUGAAAACUAACAAUGUUUUAAAGUGGUAUAUCUGCGGACCUACAGUAUAUGACUCUGCGCACAUUGGACAUGCAACCACUUAUAUAAAAUCAGACAUCAUCCAUCGAAUUCUAUCAGAUUACUUAAAUAUAGAUGUGUUACUAGUUAUGGGUAUAACCGAUAUUGAUGACAAAAUAAUAAAACGUUCCAUUGAAAGUGAAAAGGAUUUCAAAACUUUAUCGAGGCAAUUUGAAGCUGAAUUUUUUACAGAUAUGAAUGAAUUAAAUAUCCGCAAGCCAUAUUUAUGCUGUAGAGUUACAGAUUAUAUACCUCAAAUCAUUCAAUUUAUCGAAAGACUUAUAGCCAAGGAUGAUGGUUAUAUUACAAAAGAUGGAUCUGUCUAUUUUAAUACAAACAAGUACAAAAAAUAUGGUAAAUUAUCAAUUCCUACGCCUGAUAUUAGGAAAGAUCAGCAUUUGAAUAAAAAAUCAUCUUUAGACUUUGCAUUGUGGAAAGCAGUGAAAGAUAACAAACCAUCUUGGAAAUCUCCAUGGGGCUAUGGUAGACCAGGAUGGCACAUAGAAUGCAGUGCAAUUGCAAGCACAGUCUUUGGAAGUUCUAUUGAUAUGCACAGUGGUGGAAUAGAUUUGGCAUUUCCACAUCAUGAGAAUGAAGAGGCACAAUCUUGUUGUUAUCAUGAUGUUGACCAAUGGGUUAAUUAUUGGCUUCACUGUGGUCACUUAAGCCUAAAAGGAGAUGUAAAAAUGUCGAAGAGUCUAAGAAAUACUAUAAGCAUACAAGAUUAUCUCAAAAAAUAUUCAGCAAAUGAUCUUAGAAUGCUGUGUCUACUUUCUCAUUAUCGAAACGAUAUCGAAUUUACUGAAGAAAUUAUGCAAGGCGCAAUAUCGUUAAAUAAGAAGCUUCAUAAUUUCAUAAAUGAUUGUGAUAAUUAUGUUGCUGGAACAUUUAAAACUGGUGAAAUUGAUGAAAAUCUUUUGUUUACAACUUUAUAUGACACAAGAAAUCAAAUUCACACAGCGUUGACAGAUGAUUUUGACACUUCAAAAGCAAUGCAUGCUAUUAUAAAUCUUGUUGGAGUAGGAAACAAGAUGCUUCGUCAAGAUAAUAUAAUAUCACGUAGCAAUAAUGCGAGCUGUCAGAAUCAGAGCGCUUGAGCAAAAUCCCAAAGAUACAGUUUUGUUGAAAGAAUGCGACAAUGCACGAAAGUGCUUAAAUACUUGUGGAAUUGUG